GGAGUCUCCGGGCGCCGGGCAGGGAGGACCUUCCCCGCUUCAGGCAUGGGCGCCACCCAGCCCCUGGCUGCCCUGGCCGACCCGGCGGCAGUCGCACGAACCGCCCAGGCCCGCGUGUGUCACUGACCUGUGCCCAGCGGCUGGGCAGCCAUGGAGAAGAUGUCCCGGGUGAGCACGGCCCUCGGGGGCAGCACGCUGACGGGCCGCACCAUGCACUGCCACCUGGACGCCCCGGCCAACGCCAUCAGCGUGUGCCGGGAUGCGGCCCAGGUGGUGGUGGCCGGCCGCAGCAUCUUCAAGAUCUACGCCAUCGAGGAGGGGCAGUUUGUGGAGAAGCUGAACCUGCGCGUGGGCCGCAAGCCUUCCCUCAACCUCAGCUGCGCCGACGUGGUCUGGCACCAGAUUGACGAGAACCUGCUCGCCACGGCGGCCACCAAUGGCGUGGUGGUCACCUGGAACCUGGGCCGGCCCUCCCGCAACAAGCAGGAGCAGCUGUUCACCGAGCACAAGCGCACAGUGAACAAAGUCUGCUUCCAUCCCACCGAGGCGCACGUGCUGCUCAGCGGCUCCCAGGACGGCUUCAUGAAGUGCUUCGACCUCCGCAGGAAGGACUCGGUGAGCACCUUCUCAGGCCAGUCCGAGAGCGUGCGGGACGUGCAAUUCAGCCUUCGUGACUACUUCACCUUUGCCUCGACCUUCGAGAACGGCAACGUGCAGCUGUGGGACAUCCGGCGGCCCGACCGCUGUGAGCGCAUGUUCACAGCGCACAACGGGCCUGUCUUCUGCUGCGACUGGCACCCAGAGGACAGGGGCUGGCUGGCCACAGGCGGGCGUGACAAGAUGGUGAAGGUCUGGGAUAUGACCACGCACCGUGCCAAGGAGGUGCACUGUGUGCAGACCAUCGCCUCAGUAGCCCGAGUCAAGUGGAGGCCUGAGUGCCGCCACCAUUUGGCCACGUGCUCCAUGAUGGUGGACCACAACAUCUACGUGUGGGACGUGCGUCGGCCCUUUGUGCCCGCUGCCAUGUUUGAGGAGCACCGUGAUGUGACCACGGGCAUUGCCUGGCGCCAUCCGCACGAUCCUUCCUUCCUACUCUCUGGCUCCAAGGACAGCACCCUGUGCCAGCACCUCUUCCGUGAUGCCAGCCAGCCUGUGGAGCGUGCCAACCCAGAGGGCCUCUGCUACGGCCUUUUUGGGGACCUGGCAUUUGCCGCCAAGGAGAGUCUUGUGGCAGCUGAGUCAGGGCGUAAACCCUUUGCUGGUGACCGACGCCACCCCAUCUUCUUCAAGCGCAAGCCAGAUCCUGCCGAGCCCUUCUCGGGCCUGGCCUCCAGUGCCCUGAGCGUGUUUGAGAUGGAGCCGGGCAGCGGCAGCAUGAGCUGGUUUGUGGACACGGCAGAGCGGUAUGCCCUGGCUGGCCGGCCGCUGGCUGAGCUCUGUGAUCACAAUGCUAAGGUGGCUCGGGAGCUGGGUCGCAAUCAGGUAGCACAGACAUGGACCAUGCUGCGAAUCAUCUACUGUAGCCCAGGACUGGUGCCCACCACCAACCUCAACCACAGCGUGGGCAAAGGCAGCUCCUGUGGUGGCUUGUCACUUAUGAACAGCUUCACCCUGAAGGAUAUUACCCCAGGGCUAGGCAGUGAGACCCGGCUGGACCGCAGCAAGGGGGAUGCUCGGAGUGACACGGUGCUGCUCGAUGCCUCGGCCACACUUGUCACCAACGAGGACAACGAGGAGACUGAGGGCAGCGAUGUGCCUGCUGACUACCUGCUGGGGGAUGCCGAGGGCGAGGAUGAUGAGCUGUACCUUCUGGAUCCGGAACACGCCCACCCCGAGGAGCCCGAGUACGUGCUGCCACAGGAAGCCUUUCCGCUGCGUCACGAGAUCGUGGACACACCCCCUGGGCCCGAGCACCUGCAGGACAAGGCUGACUCGCCCCAUGUGAGCGGCAGCGAGGCGGAGGCAGCCUCCCUGCCCCCAGUGGACUCCUCCUUCUCCCUCAUCUCCGUGUCACAUGCGCUGCACGACAGCCGGCUGCCCUCCGACUUCUUCAGCGCCCUAGUGUGCGACAUGCUGCGCUUCUACGCCGAGCAGGGGGACGUGCAGAUGGCUGUGUCUGUGCUCAUCGUGCUGGGCGAGCGGGUACGCAGAGACAUAGACGAGCAGACCCAGGAACACUGGUACACGUCCUACAUCGACCUGCUGCAGCGCUUCUGCCUCUGGAACGUGUCCAAUGAGGUGGUCAAGCUUAGCACCAGCCGCGCCGUCAGCUGCCUCAACCAGGCUUCCACCACACUGCACGUGAACUGCAGUCACUGCAAGCGGCCCAUGAGCAGUCGCGGCUGGGUCUGCGACAGGUGCCAUCGCUGUGCCAGCAUGUGUGCCGUCUGCCACCACGUGGUGAAGGGGCUGUUCGUGUGGUGCCAAGGCUGCAGUCACGGCGGCCACCUGCAGCACAUCAUGAAGUGGCUGGAGGGCAGCUCGCACUGCCCCGCGGGCUGUGGCCAUCUGUGCGAGUACUCAUGACGGCCGUCGCCAGAGGGCGGGCCUGACGAACCCAAUAAAGACGCGGGAGCACUGUC